AUUCUUCGUUCUCACGCAAUCUUCAUAACGAAUAGCAUCAGUUCAAUUUCAACCUACUCAAGCUAUUUUGGUGGAUUUUGGUGUAUCUCCCAAUUCAGGUGUUUACUUUAGCGGGACAAUCUCGUAGAAUCGGGUUUAUUCGACGAUGGCUUCGGCCCCGUUAUCAGAGGAGGACAGGUAUGUUGGAUUGUUGGAGAUAGGAAACCCUUCCGAGGUGAAAGAUGAAUACUGGAUCUGGGCAGUUAAUCGAACCAACAUGAAUAAUCGAAGACCGGAUCGCGAACAAGAAAAUACAAAAUGUGGAAAAUGGCUCAUUUUCGACAACAUGGACACAAUUGACGAGACUUGGGAAAAGGUCAAGAAAGCAGUUACAACAGGUGAACUGGGAUUCUUGGCUAAAGUAUCCACCAUGAAGGAUAAGCAAGAACGUGGAAAUAUUUCACAAGCUGUGAUUUGCGUCUACACGUAUGACUGGACUGAUGAGACAGAUGUCUCGAGAGUUCGUGAAGCACUUCGUUCCAUUGGUUUUGUCAAAAAAUUGCCAUACAAAUCAGAUGAGGAUACGCUGGCAGGAAAUUAUGCAGGCAAAGGAAAGAGAGUGAGCAAAUAUUAUUACUGAUGAUAAGAUUUCAUGCAAGUAAGAAUUUUCAUAAAUGUAUUUCUCAGUAUUUCAAAUUAAGUAUGUGUAUUUCAACUUCAACAAUUUGUAUAACAAUGGAAUAAAUACCGUACGAAAAUGUUCGGAUUGAAAAUCAA